AUUGGGUGGUGUGGGGUGAUGAUUGUGGUUCCUAUCCGUGAUGUCUCCAGAGCGUGUACCGGCUCACUUCUCUAGAACCACAGAGGCUUAUUUUCAUUCACAGCAUUGCAGCACCUCUAGAUUAGAACAAAUGAUGGAUUGAUGGAGGGAUGGAUGGAUGGGUGGAUAGAUAUAGAUAUAGAUAGAGAUAGAUAGAUAGAUAGAUAGAUAGAUAGAUAGAUAGAUAGAUAGAUAGAUAGAUAGAUAGAUAGAUAGAUAGAUAGAUAGAUAUUGUUCUUGAUGAAUAUGUAGAAGGGGAUACUGUCACUCUUGGACUUGUAUUCUUUCAGGAAGUAGAUUAUGCCCAUCUUGAGCUGUUUCCACCGAGUCAUUGCCUCAGACUCUGCAUACUGGACCAGAGUAUAGACUUAUCCCUUUUUGGACUGGACUACCAAGUGCUGACAAGCUGCAGAAAUACUCAUCCGAUCUGUCUACUGCCUGAGCAGACACCCAGCACGCCCGAGACUGUGAUCAGACCCGACUGAACUGGAGGAAGGGUCAACUGGUUCUGAGGAAUCUGAGGAGACUUCACUGUGUGGCACCACUUCAGCAGAAAGCGGACCAGAGUGCGUCACUUCAGGACUCAGGGGACCGCUUGAUUUACUGUUAUUUAUUUAUUUUACAACAAACUGCGGGCAGAGGAGAGCUCCACUCACCAUGUACUCCCCUCAGAGUCUUCACCGCUGGGGCAUCACUCACAGUGAGAGUAUGGAGCGACUAGCAUACAGCCAAGCUAUGCGAGACCCCAUGGCCAUGGAGAGAGCCAACCUGUUGAACAUGGCCAAGCUGAGUAUUAAAGGGCUCAUCGAGUCGGCUCUGAGCUUUGGACGAACCCUGGACUCAGACUACCCACCUCUGCAGCAAUUCUUUGUUGUCAUGGAGCACUGCCUCAAACAUGGCCUUAGAGUGAAAAAGUCCUUCCUGGGCUUCAACAAGUCUUUGUGGGGUCCUCUGGAGCUGGUGGAGAAAUUGUGUCCUGAAGCAGCAGAGAUAUCCGCCUCUGUACGAGACCUGCCUGGACUGAAGACUCCAUUAGGCAGGGCCAGAGCUUGGCUGCGCCUGGCUCUCAUGCAGAAACGGCUGGCUGACUACCUACGACUCCUCAUCACCAGAAAAGACUUGCUCAGUGAUUUCUAUGAGAAUUCAGCACUGAUGCUGGAGGAGGAGGGAGCAGUGAUCGUCGGCCUGCUGGUGGGCCUAAACGUCAUCGAUGCUAACCUGUGUGUGAAAGGCGAGGACCUGGACUCUCAGGUUGGAGUCAUCGACUUCUCUAUGUACUUGAAGAAUGACAUUGAUGAUUACAGGAGUGAGGAGAGAAAUAGCCAAAUUGCAUCCAUCUUGGAUCAGAAGAACUAUGUGGAGGAGCUGAACCGACAACUCAACUCCACAGUUCAUGGUCUUCAAGGUAGAGUAGACUCUCUGGAGAAGUCAAACUCCAAGCUCGUAGAAGAGUUAGCCAUAGCCAAGAACAACAUCAUCAAACUACAGGAAGAAAACCAGCAACUGCGGAGUGAAAACAGUCUUAUUCUACUGAAGGCACAACAACAGUUAGAGGUAACUCAAGGUGAUGUGUCGAUGGAGAGAGACACAUACAGACAGUCUCGUCAGGGCUUGGAUGAAAUGUACAGCGAAGCUCAAAGACAACUAAAGGAGGAGUGUCAGCUCAGACAGGAUGUGGAGAAUGAGUUGGUAGUCCAGGUGUCGAUGAAACAGGAAAUGGAGCUGGCCAUGAAACUUCUGGAGAAAGAUAUUCAUGAAAAACAGGACACGCUGAUCGGACUGAGACACCAGCUGGAUGAAGUCAAAGCCAUCAAUGUAGAAAUGUACCAGAAGAUGCAGGUACAAACACACACAUCUGAAUCGUCUGAUGACGAGAUGAAGAAGAAGAACAACAUGAUCAGCCGUCUGGAGGAGAAGACCAAUCAGAUCACUGCCACCAUGAAACAGCUGGAGCAGAGAUUACAGGAGGCAGAGAGGUACCGCAGAGAAGCCGAGGAGGGAACCAGACGCUUCAAGUUGGACUUUGCCAACAAGGCAGACAGCCUGCAGCGGCAGAUCGAACACAGAGAGAGGCAACUCCAGCAGCUGGAGACGGACCUGAAGAUCGAGAGGGAAUGGAGGCAGACAUUACAAAACGAUCUGGACAGAGAGAGAGACUCAGUGUCUCAGCUCAGCACUGAGGCUCUGCAAAUCAAUGGACUGAAAAAGGAGUUCCAUCGUCUCCAGGAUGAAAAUAUUCAGCUGAAGAGCAUCUGUGAGGACCAAGAACAAGCACUCGAAGAACUAGGCUCGAAACUUAGCGAAUCUAAAAUGAAGAUUGAAGACAUCAAAGAAGCAAACAAAGCUCUUCAGGGGGGUCAGGUUUGGCUGAAGGACAAGGAGGCCAGCCACUGCAAACUGUGUGAGAAAGAGUUCUCCAUCUCAAGACGCAAGCACCACUGUAGGAACUGCGGAGAGAUUUUCUGUAACAGCUGCUCCGACAAUGAGCUCCCUCUGCCUGCCUCUCCCAAACCAGUCCGGGUGUGUGACACCUGCCACGCCCUCCUCCUCCAGAGAUGCUCCUCCAAUCCGACGUGAAGACAAGACCUGCACUGUUGUCAUGAUUGCCUCAAUCAAUCUGAGACCAGACUCGUAAAAAUCCCAUGCUCAUGUCCUGCGUAAGAUCCACAUCCUGACUUAUUUCCACCCGGUGUUUGUUGCUAGAAAUGGACCAUACGCAUCAACGUUAAGUACAUUUGACUCACACUUUGUCUGAUAUGGACAAAAUGAGAGGCAUCUGCAUCACUCUGUCCUCACUGUUUGAUUUGACUUCUUUAUUUAAAUGUGAAGAGGUGAUUACUCAACAAUAAUUUAGGCCAACAUGUCUUAACUUCUUAACAGACAAAUCUCUGGUCUGUUAUAAAAUCAAAAGCAAUCACUACUGCUGGCAGACCAACUUUAAUUUAUACAGAUUACAUCAUUUAUUCACUGUCAAUUCAAAUAUCCAUGACACUGAAGCUGCUAGUUAUGCAAAGUUAGUCAAUCAAAUGUUGAACUGAUCAGGAGAAGAAUCCGCUAAGGCCCUAGAAAACUGCAACAAUUUCCAAAAUUUAAGUACACACUUUCUACACUUUACAAUGCAUUUCAAAGCAGGAACAAACAGCUGGUCUGUUUGGUAAUGAAAGGUGUCAGGCUGAUCUAGGAACAUCUAACCCUUUUUUUUCAUACUGAUGAAACCAAAACAGACUCUAAAAUGCAUGACAUUUGUGACUCAUGGACUGGAUAUAAAGAUCCCUACAUAAAGAUUAUGUAUAAGUUAAGAUCUUUAUAUACAGCCUGUGUUGUGUAUAUGUGUGUGACUUGCAGCACGCACUGAGGCUGAUCAGUAGGUCAUGUUUUGGUAAAUUCCCCAAAAUUCAGAGUUUGGUUAAAAUAGGAGGAACAACUUUUCUCUGAAACUGCACUGACUGUGAGAAGAACUACAGAUACUAAAUGCAAGCUGCUUUUUGACACAACCUUCAGUUGCAUGUGGUAGACUAGGAUGUUUUAUUGUAUGUAUCAAGCCUCAAACUGUAUACAGGAGGGUAGAGCCAAACAGAUGAGAUUAUGUCAUUCAUACAUUCAGUACUGAGGCCUUGUUACUAUAACAUCACCCUCCAGUGAACAGACGCAUACAGGCAGGCACAACAAGAAGUCAAUUCCACUCUGCGCUCAGCUGGAAUAUAUCCAGCCUAUGUUGCAGUUGCUCCACAUGAACAAUAUGGGAACUUUUUGUAUCUGCAUCAUCUGCUCUGACGAUAAAAAAGGCCUGCUGGUCAGAUCUGUGCUCCAAACAUGCAAUGAGAGUUGUCUGAAAACUAAUCCCAGGAACAUUCAUUGGUCCUGACGGAUGUUUCACUGCUGACACAAGGACUAGACUAGUACCCAGAUUCUCGUUGUUUUACACAGUGUUUGUGCCAUUUGUGCUACUGUAAAUGCAACAGCUUUUUUCCUACAUGUGCUUCUCAUGUUGCCAAAAUGAGCCCUACAUUUCUACAGAGAGCAUACCUGUAGAGGGGAGAGAGAACGUAGCAACACUAGCUUACACUAGCCAAGGAAGCAGCACAGAUUAAGAGCACAUUUCACUGUUAUUUGGAGACACUAAUGCAGUGGCUGCUGCUGAGAGGAGCAACUGAUGUUUCACCUCUGGUUGCUCUUCUUUUGACAAACCACUGAUGUCUAAUUUAGAACAUGACGACUUCAGACUGUACGUGAACAAAAUCAGACUUUGUGUUACUCACUUCUGACGACACAGCCACGAAGUAUGUUUGAACACUUGCCAAUCCUGUAUUACCUGAUGUUAAGAUACAUUUGAGUACUUAUGUUUGGUUUUGUGUUUAAUGCACAUACAUUUUUACUUUCAGAAAUCCAGGAGUUUAUUGAACUUGAAGUCGUUUGUAAUCUGUGCAGAGGGAGAACCACAUUUUACUGCUGCUCUUUACCUCAGAGGAGGUAUUGACAUUUUUUAAAAUCAAGAUUGGCAAGUGUUUUCUUUCCUAUGUCAAACUAAUGCUGAUGACUGAUACUGCACAUUCUUCUGACGGGUUAUGGCUCGAGUGUCACUGCACAUUCUGGUUCUGUACCUAAACAUGUUUACAAACCUGAAACUUUUCAACAACUGGAAGUAUUCAUUCCCACAGAGAUAUUUAUCAGGCCUGUGUAACUUUAAUCAGCGUUUUCUUCUUUCAGUUAUUUAAAAACAGCACGAAUCUAUCAUAUCAUCAUUACUCAGUACUACAGGACAAUGCUUGUACUGCAGCCUUGCCUGAAAUGUUUGUACAGUGUCACUCUUCUAAACCUCCCAGCUUUCAUUGGGAUGUGUACAGUGUUGAUUGUAUGUUGUAAAUACACCACGUUGAUUAUCACUGUGGCCCUUUGGUUGAAUCAAGCCUGCCAGUUUAUUAUUAACUCUAUUGCCAACAAUAUGUUGCCUUGACUGUGUAGCAGUUUCUGAUUAAAUGAAGUUGAAGAGAAUCUUUCACAUUGUCAUUUUGGAAAAAGUAAAAAUAAUCAGUUGUUGCCA